AUGGACUCCAAACCGAAGCGAGCAAAGCAGAAAUCUUCUGUUCGCCCCUGUCCUCAGGGAUGCGGUUUCUCUUUGCACGACAGCGACCAGCACGAUGCCUGCCCUGUCUGCCUGGGGAUCGUCCACGCUAGGAGAGCGUUGACGGAGCCCGAAGCCUGUGCGUUUUGUCGCCAGCUCCGGCGCUCGACCCUGGAAAGACGGGUGACGUUUGUGGAAAGAGUGCUGGGACGCUCGGCUGUCGCACGGCAUGACCCUCUCCUUUCCGAGUCUGGAGCCCCGGCUUCGUCCGAGUCCGAAGACGAGGAUUUUCCGGAAGACGAUGACGUGCUGGACAUCGGCCUGGACAUCCAUGGUUUGUCGGAGGAUGAGCAGGAGAGCUCAUUGUCGGCCCAAUGUGCCGCCGCUGCUGCGCCGGUCGGCCACGAUGACACUUCUCUUUUCUCCCUGUUUCGCCGUGCUGCUGAGAAGCUGCAGGUGGACUGGCCCUCUCCUCCACCAGCUCGGAAGCCGUCGCGGUUCGCGGGUUUUUUCCUCCCACCGGAGCCCGCAACGGCCAAAAACUGCCUUCCCAUGUUCCCAGACUUUCUCUGCGAGCUAACAGCGUCAUGGGACAAACCUCUGUCUACCCGCGUCACUGUGCCCGGCUAUGGACAGUACAUGGAAUUGGACGGCGCCGAGGGGGCUGGCUUAGCUAACCCACCCCCUAUGGAGCCGUCUCUGGCUGCUUAUCUGGCCCCGUCCCAUAACCAUGGUGUCGGUGGCCCCGCAACUCUGCCGUCCAAGCACUGCAGAUUCUCUGCCUCGCAGCUGGAGAAGAUUUAUCGGGCUCAGGCCGGCACUGCUCGCGCCAUGAGCUCCGUCACCAUGCUCCAGACGUACCAGGCAAUGUGCCUGGCGGAGCUUGGAUCGCUGGUUCCUGAUGACAGCCCGCUGGCACCUCUUCUUAACGAGGUCAGAGUCACCACGGAUUACAUCCUCCGUGCGUCUCGCUGUGCAGCGCUCUCCCUGGGCAGAGGGAUGGCUUCGACAGUAGUGGCGCAGAGACACCUGUGGCUGACCCUCUCCGACGUCCCGGAUAGGGACAGAGCUGUGUAUCUGGACGCACCAGUGUCUGCGGCUGGGUUAUUCGGACAUUCACUUGAAGCCAUUCAGGCUAGAUUCGAUCUGAGGAAGAAGCAGACGGAAGCUCUGCGCGACAUCAUCCCCAGACAGACCGGCGCCCACUGCUGGAGUGGGUGUGCCGCCGGCGAGAGCACGUCCUCCGGCCCGAGCUCCACGCCGGUCGGCCUGGAGCAAAGGCCCACCCUCGGGCCCCCGACGGGACCCGACGCCAAGGAGGAAGAAGCCUCAGCCCUCCUAGCUGUGGUUUCGAGUCGAGAAGGGGUCCAGCAGCAGGGAGACGCUGUUUUUACCCCUCUGUUGCCGCACAAGAGGUGCCGCUUAAGUUCUGUUCAGGUUGUCAGCCCCAGAAGGCGCUGCACUUUCCUAUCACCGUCUCCCAAGCACAAAACCCCUGCACACAAAUUGCCUCAGGUAACUCCCUGUUCAGGUGUGUUAAAUGUUCAAGUGACCACAUCGAGUGUUCCCGCUGUUUUUCAUUGUUGUGCCCCAGAAAAGGUGCAUCCAACAAAAUGUAUGAAUGUACAUGUUUCCAUGUUACAAUCAAUAAAGAGUGUUGUUUAUUCUCAAACAAUCACAAAUGCUCAGCCUGCGGGCAGAAUGAGGCAGGUCAGGCAGGUGAUGCAGUUCCCUGCAGACGCACUGGGGGGCGACGACGCCCCGCCGACGGUGCUGCAGGUCAGCCGGCUGGCUGCUCACUUCCCUCAGUGGCGCGCUUGCGCCCCCUCUCCGUGGGUGCUGCAAACCGUUGCCAUGGGUUACCGGUUGCAGUUCCGGGUCAAGCCGCCUCGUUUCCAAAGAGUCGUAAACACGACUGUCAACACCGAGGCAGCCAUGAUACUCAGAGAGGAAAUACAGGCGCUAUUGCAGAAAAGAGCAAUACGAGUGGUCCCCGCUUCGGAGGCAGACAAAGGUUGGUACAGCCGUUAUUUUGUCGUUCCGAAAAAAGGGGGAGGGCUUCGUCCCAUCCUCGACCUGCGAGUCUUGAACACGUAUCUACGAACGUACAGGUUCAAGAUGCUAACACUCAGACAGCUCUUGAAUGCAGUCGGCCCGAGAGAUUGGUUUGCGACAAUCGAUCUAACAGAUGCUUAUUUUCAUGUCGCUAUACACCCGAAACACAGGCAGUUUCUGAGGUUUGCAUUCGAGGGCGUAGCCUACGAAUACCUAGUGCUGCCGUUCGGGCUGUCGCUCGCUCCCCGCACCUUUACGAAAUGUGCCGAGGCAGCGCUAGCGCCCCUCAGAGAGAGAGGCAUCCGCAUCUUAGCCUACCUAGACGACUGGGCUCUCGUAGCUUGCUCCAGAGAGCAGGCGGAGACACAGCUGUCGCUGGUUCUGUCACACAUUCAGACACUGGGGUUCUCUGUGAACUUUCAAAAGAGCUCGCUAAUCCCGAGUCAACAGAUUACUUUUCUCGGUCUGGAAAUAUGCUCUCUUUCCAGCCGCGCACGUUUGUCGGAGCACAGAGUGGCCGCGUUUCAUCGCUGCCUCGCUCAGUUUCAGCUGGGACGCAGACUGCGUUUCCAGACGAUAUUGCGCUUGUUGGGCAUGAUGGCAUCUAUGAUCGCCGUAGUGCCACUUGGACUGUUAAAAAUGAGGGCGUUUCAACGCUGGACUCUCUCUCACCGUUUGUGUGCUUCGCGUCACCUCCGGAGGAGGCUGCCGGUAACCGCGUCUUGCAUGCUAGCUCUCCGUCCUUGGAGGGAGCCCAGGCUGCUGCAUCAGGGCUCUCGGAUUGGGAGGGUGUUGUUUCGCAAGGUGGUGUCCACAGAUGCUUCCCUAAGAGGGUGGGGAGCGCUGUGCGAGGGUGCGUCAGUGAGAGGGAUCUGGUCCGCAGCUCAGCGCCAGCUGCACAUCAACCACUUAGAGCUGUUAGCAGUGUUCUUAGCUCUAAAGCAUUUCCGUCCAGUCCUGCAGGGCCAGCAUGUCUUAGUCAGGACGGACAAUUCAACAGUGGUGUCUUACAUAAACAGGCAGGGAGGAACACGCUCUCUUCCCCUGUUGCAGCUGUCUCGCUCUCUGCUGUUAUGGUGCAGUGUUCAUUUUCUGACUCUAAGAGCCACCCAUGUCCCGGGCCACCUGAACCUGGGGCCGGACCUUCUCUCCAGGGGGGGUCCUCUGGUGAGAGAAUGGAGGUUACACCCUUCAAUAGUGGCUCAGAUUUGGGAUCUAUUUGGCGAGGCGCAAAUAGAUCUUUUUGCUUCCAGGGUAAAUACUCACUGCCCCCUGUACUUCUCCAUAAUCGACCACGAUGCACCCUUGGGCUUGGACGCGCUAGCGCACCAAUGGCCAGACGUGCUCCUGUAUGCAUUUCCCCCAGUGGAAAUGAUAUCUCCAGUUCUAGAGAGGGUGCGUCGGCAUUCCCUCUCUCUGAUCCUGGUGGCCCCUUGGUGGCCCGCGAGGUCGUGGUAUGCAGAGAUAAUCAGCCUGCUAGCAGCGAGUCCUUGGCAGCUUCCUCUCCGCAGGGAUCUCCUCUCUCAGGCGGGAGGAGAAGUGUUUCAUCCGCGCCCGGAUCUGUGGCGCCUUCAUGCUUACCUGCUGAGAGGUUAAACUUGGUUGCUAAGGGUUUGCCACCUAGUGUGAUAGCGACAAUUCAGAGCGCUAGAGCCUCAUCUACUAGAGGCUUGUACGCUUACAAAUGGCGAGCCUUCGAGCAAUGGUGCCAGGACCGCCAUACUCUCCCAUUUCAGUGCUCUAUUGUGGAUGUUUUGACAUUCCUGCAGGAGCUGCUGGAUAAAGGCCUUUCGUUUUCGACAAUCAAGGUUUAUUUAGCAGCUAUAUCUGCUUGUCAUAUUGGCUUUGACGGGGUGACACCAGGUGCUCAUCCCCUCGCCAUACGUUUUCUGAAAGGGGUUCGCCGGCUGAGGCCCGUGCUUAAGUCCAGUGUCCCUGCUUGGGACUUGUCUUUGGUGCUGGAGGCCCUUUGUAGCCCCCCGUUUGAACCCAUUGAGUCUGUGGAUAUGAAAUUUCUUUCAUAUAAGACCGCAUUACUUCUCGCUUUGGCUUCAGCGAAGCGAGUGGGUGACCUUCAUGCGCUGUCUGUGCAUCCCGCCUGCACACAGUUUUCUCCUGAUGGCCACAAGGUCGUAUUGCGUCCAAAUGCUGCCUAUUUUCCCAAGAUCAUGCCUGCAUCUUAUAGCUCAAUGGAGUUUGAGUUGCUGAGCUUUUGCUCCCCUCCUUUUGAAUCUGAGGAGCAGAGGAGGAUGCAUUCUCUUUGUCCAGUGCGUGUGCUACGCACCUACAUUGAGCGCACUCAGGAUGUGCGUUUAUGUGACCAGCUGUUUGUCUGCUUCGCUAAUCCAAAUAGAGGUAGAGCUCUGUCCAAACAGAGGCUGUCCCACUGGAUUAUAGAAGCUAUCUCACUGGCAUACGGCACCAGAGGUCUUGCGUUGCCCCACGGGGUGGGAGCUCAUUCCACCAGGGGGAUGGCGACCUCAUGGGCUCUUUUUAGAGGGGUGCCUGUAGCUGAUAUUUGUGCAGCAGCUAGUUGGGCAUCGCCGCACACUUUUGUGCGGUUUUAUCGGUUGGACGUUACAGCCCCUUCGGUGGCUCAUGCUGUCCUUUCUGCUGGGUCUACCACUCACUAAGGAUGUGGUGGUCCCAUUCCGGUUCGGUGGCUGCUCUGCGGGGCGUGUAUAUAUGUCCCAUACUUAUGUGUUGUACCGAGUGAAUCGACUGAAAGGGAACGAAUAGUUAUGUCUAUAACUUCUGUUCCCUGAAGGAGAGGAACGAGGUACAACACAGGGUGGCCCCACUGAGCAGUUGGCUCGGUGAAGAGCGGCUAUCGAACUG